AUGCCGAUGAAUGAACAGGAUGAGUGGGUUUACAGCGACGGGAAGUCAACGAUCUGUGUUGCUUUCAUCCUUGCAAUGUACAAAGCAGGUGUGUUCGGUCCUCUCGCUGUUCACGUUCAAGUCACUGAGUUUACUAUCCGAGAUGCUUACACUCUGAGGUUGUUUGAAGAUAAUCAGACAAGGCUGUCGAGUUGGUGUAACGCAGAGAAAGGGAAGCUUGAGUUCUGUCAGAUUCUAGGUGAAUACAGAAUGGAGUUGCCUGUGAGAAAAGCUUUAGCUGCAUUAGAUGGACUGAUAACUGGGAGGCGGGAGCAAUGA